AAUUUCAUUUUCAAGGAGAAAACGCGUUACGCGUUGAAUUUGAUCGCGGUAGGAAUUUGGAAAUAUAUUAAAUUUUUCAAAUAUUAAAAUGUUUGAUAAAGUUUUCCGGCGUGCUCUAAAGUUCAGAAUAAGAAAGAGUUAUCCUACAAAUGUGUAUGACUUAUCCAAAGGAGCAGCUAUAGCUGUUAAAAGGCCGUAUAGUGAUGAAGUAAAACGAGCACAAUCCGCCGAUUCUUCUACUGGUACAAUAUUCGACAAAAUCAUAUCCAAAGAGCUGAAAGCGGACAUAAUAUACGAGGACGAUCUUUGCCUGGCGUUCAACGAUAUUGCUCCUCAGGCCCCAGUGCAUUUUCUUGUGAUACCGAAGAGGAAAAUCACAACUUUGCAAGACAGUGAAACCAGUGAUAAGGAGCUCCUGGGUCACCCGAUGCUGGUAGCGCGUUCCCUUGGAACAGCCCGUGCUCCGCAGGGCUGGCGAUUGGUUGUGAACAAUGGCGUCCAUGGUGCCCAGAGCGUUUACCAUCUACACUUGCAUGUUUUGGGAGGCAGGCAGAUGAAAUGGCCACCUGGUUAAUUGGAGAUAUUAUGGUGAUGAUAGGGUGGGGUGGUGAAGAGUGUAGUUUAUGGCACCCAUAACCCAGUAUAUCCUACAUUGUUGGUGCCAUAAAUGAAUUUUUAAUCGGCUACUUUUGACAGAAGAAUGUAUGAUUAGAAAAAUUAUUAUCGGCAGACUAGUGCAGUUCUUAAAAUCAUUAUAACUAAUCAAACACAUUAGAAAUUGAAUAAAAUGGCCAAAAGUAUUGCUUUUCUGUAAAAUCUAAGUAUUUUUUUGUUUAAGAUAUGUAGUGUUCAAUAAUUUAGUGUUGUCGCUCAUUCAAAGAGAAGUUAGUCAAAAGUGGUUUAUUAAAAAGCUAUAUCUAUGAAUUUACGCUGUGCUAUUUACAUUGGUAACUGGUGUUCAAAAUAGUUGUUCUGUAUUUAAGAUUGACUUAAACUGACUGCACAUUACAAGAUGUGUGAUGUGUAAUUAAAAGUCCUUUUCAAUCAUCAAUUUAUAGAAUUUUCUGGCUGCGAAUUCGUUGUAAGAGCAAAAUUUACGAUAUUUGGUUUAUCUGAUAAAAUGUCGACUCUAUGUAUAUGUGAUAAUAGAGUCGUAUCACUAUGCAAACAAGUUUGCUCGCAAAAUGUUCAGGAAGAUAGUUCCUAUGCUUGCUAUUUGUAAUUUUCUCGGUAAAUGACUAUACAUAUUUGAAUCGAUUGAUAGGUACGAGUACCUACUUGUUAUUGCGUCUAUCGAAAUGAUUAUAAUAAAAGCUUAGGUAACUUUUUUCAAGUUUUUUAUCUCGCUAUACUCGGGUGUAUAGUGUUGUAAUAAAAAGAAUGCAAUACAGUUUUAAAUUUAAAAUGCAUGGAACUAUAAAAAAAGACGUUAUUAAGUGUUUCGGAAAUUAUCUGUGGUUUGCGUAAAUAAAUACGUGCCAUGUACAUUGUUUUGCAAAACAUCCAUUAAUGACCAUGUUUUUUAUGUGUAGGUACAUAAUAUUACAUAAACAACUGGAACUCUAAAUGCCUAUACUUUAUUGUAAGGCGCCAUGGGCGGCUGUAUUUGAAUCAAUAAAUAAUGAAAAGCCCAAAAAUAUCAAAGAAAAAGGUGUGUCAUAAAAAUGCCAUAGAAUGUUUAUCUUACAUUUUUCCAUUGAUUAGAAUUGUAUCAUAUCAUAGUGCUUAGUGCAAUAUUGCGCCAAAUUAGGAUAAGGUAUUCUAUGAAAAAAUAUGCCAAAGUUUGAAUCGUUUAGUAUGGUUUAUUAAACUAGUGGCUCAUACCAAAUAUAAAUAAAAAAUAAUUUUAAUAAAAAUGAAAUAUAGAAAAACCACCUAUUCAACUUUGCUAAUUUACGUUAAUGAUUAAGUCUUGUACUGAUAAAUACUGCAUAAUAUACUUUGGGUUGCAUAUUAUAGUAAAAAUCUCCUAUGGCCUGCGCAAUCACAAUGAAUUUGUACUCUGUUUUUUGUAAUCAUGCAUGGUUCUUAUUGUAAAUAGUGUUAUUGGUGCUAAUUUAGUGAUUGAGUAGAUAAGCUGAAUAACCACCAUUUAUAUGCUACAAGCUUAAAGAUUUCAAAUAAUUGAUUGAAAGGACAUGUCCGGGAGAAAGAAAAAUGCCCAAAUUCAAUGUGUUUGCUCGGUCUCAUACAUUUAUCUGAAUUAGAAUCUCAAACAGUCUGAUGAACCAAAAUAGCUUUAGCAAAUUUUUCUAGUCAUGUUUUUAUUAAAAUAGUUUUUACACUAUCACCAAUAAAAAUAGAUUAGCCACUGUUUAAUUUAACUGUAUCUACGGGGCACAAACUAUGGUAAGAUCUAGAAUUUAAUGUAACAGUUAACUAUAAAAGUUUAUAAUUAGAUUUUGUACUGUCUAACACAAUAUAUAGAAUCCCUAAAGUGCUGUUAUUAAAACUACUAAAGAGUGUCUAAAAAAUAUAAAUAUUUCAAAAAAUUGAAUAAAAAUCUAUUUAGUAACUAUCAUUAUCUGGGAUAUCGAAAAGAUUUUUAUGCUAUGAAAUAUUGUAUAAACAUAUUUAAAUAAUAAUUUACUGUGUUCACAAUUUCCAGUGCAAACGUUUUUUUUUACCUUAUUAACACUCGAUGAAUACAUAGAAAAAAAAUAGGUAGGUAUUAUAAACUCAAUGUAUUUUCAACCUUUUCUAUUUAAUAGAUAGUUAUGAAUUACAUAUUUGGUUAUGGGAUAUGCAUGACGCGUUGUAUCAUUCUUAUAUUUUUUUAUAGAAAAAUGUAUAGAAUAUUCAUUCGUCAUUUAGAUUUUGUUUAGAAUUUAAUGUUUGUGAUUAAAUUCUGUAACCAAAGGUUAAAUAAUAAACAUCAUUUGAAAAGA